CUCCAUCUUGAAAUUGUCCCGACCCGAGGAGGAGACAGACUUGGAAAAUCCAGGUCGUCCUACACGGAUUAACUGUACUUUUCGCCGUUAAAUCUGACAUAAAACAGCGUUCUUGCUCCUUUUAUCGAGUUAUUUCGACGAAAGCGGUUGUUUGGCCCACUUUAGAGGAGCCUUUCACUCCGCGUUGAAGCCUUUUAAUCGGUUGUGUCCCUGCUGGAGCGGCCGGAGCUGACCGUGGUUGUGGCCGGGCAGCCCCGCCGGACUGUCGGGCGAAAGUCACGCUUAUGCACGGAUUUAAACGACAAAACUGCCUUUAAACUCACCGUUUUCGGCUCAGGAGACUACGAGGUGUUGCUUUGAAGGAAGACCUUUUUAUAUUUUACGGCUAUGUUCCUGAGCUCGCCGAGGAGAAGUUUGAUUAAGCAGCCGAGUGCGCUUGGUUUGGAGUCCGAUGGAUGUUAGCCCUGCCCGGCUUUGGCUCGCCUCUCUGCGCCGCUCUUCCGAAGGCUCAGUUUGUCUGCCCAUAAUGCUGCUGCUGACCUCGCAAGUGUAUGAAAACACUGGCUCUGGUGCCACCAAUUCGCCCUCCAUUGCUUCGCUGUAAAACCUGGAAAUACCACCGAGCAUUCCCUUCUCCCCCUCUCCUGUUUUGGGACUUGUAACGUGGAAUCUUUUGGAUUUAGCCUCCAUUUUUUUAAUAUGCAUAUUUUCCAGGGACGGUUCUCCUUAGGGGAGCAAGACAUUCAGUUUUAGAUUAUUCAGAGAUUUUAUUUCUUUUUUUUUUCCAUCAUUUUUGAGGAGUUGGUGCUUUUAUAAAAUAACCCUUCUUGUGGACACAUUCGGAUGGAAAAUGGGAGACGCUACAAAACUGGCCAUAGCCGUGUUCCUCAUCUCCUGCUCUUCAGGUGCCAUACUGGGGCGCUCAGAGACGCAGAAAUGCGUCUUCUACAACUCCAGCUGGGAGAAGGAGCGAACCAACCACAGCGGCACAGAGGACUGCUACGGCGAAAAGGACAAGCGGCGACACUGCUUCGCCACGUGGAAGAACGUCUCGGGCACCAUUGAGAUCGUCAAGCAGGGCUGCUGGCUGGACGACAUGAACUGCUACGACAGCAGCGAGUGUGUGGAGAGGAAGGUGAGCCCUGAGGUUUUCUUCUGCUGCUGUGAAGGCAACAUGUGCAACGAGAGGUUCAUGUACGUCCCCGACACGCAACCGACGAAUGACACGACCCAUUCCACCGCCUACACCACCUCCAACCCGUUCUCCCCAAAGCCGCCGCUCUUUAGCACCCUGCUGUACUCCCUGGUUCCCAUCAUAGGCCUGGCCGGCGUCGUCCUCUUCUCCUUCUGGAUGUGGAGGCACCACAAACUGGCCUACCCUGCGGCGCUCGUCCCCACACAUCACGCCUUUCAUAUUAUGGUAGAGGAUCCAGGACCUUCACCUCCAUCCCCUGUUGUGGGCCAGAAACCGCUGCAGCUCAUCGAGCUGAAAGCCAGGGGGCGCUUUGGCUGCGUCUGGAAGGCCCAGCUUCUGAGCGAAUAUGUGGCAGUGAAGAUCUUCCCCAUCCAGGACAAGCUCUCCUGGCAGAACGAGUACGAGAUCUACAGCGUGUGCGGCAUGAAGCACGACAAUGUCCUCCAGUUUAUCGGCGUGGAGAAGAGGAACAACAACCUGGAUCUGGAGCUGUGGCUCAUCACCGCCUACCAUGACAAGGGCUCCUUGACGGACUACCUGAAGGCCAACGUCGUGUCGUGGAACGAGCUCUGCCACAUCUCCCAGACGGCGGCCCGCGGCCUGGCCUACCUUCACGAAGACAUCCCCGGACACAAGGACGGACACAAGCCGUCCAUAUCCCACCGGGACAUUAAGAGUAAGAAUGUGCUGCUGAAGAAUAACCUGACAGCCUGCAUUGCUGACUUUGGCCUGGCACUGAAGUUUGAAGCUGGAAAAUCAGCCGGAGACACACACGGACAGGUUGGAACUCGCCGAUACAUGGCUCCCGAAGUCCUGGAGGGCGCCAUCAACUUCCAACGUGACUCCUUCCUGCGAAUCGAUAUGUACGCCUUCGGCCUCGUCCUCUGGGAGCUCGCGUCUCGGUGCACCGCCGCAGACGGCCCUGUAGAUGAGUACAUGCUCCCCUUCGAGGAGGAGGUGGGCCAGCACCCGUCUCUGGAGGACAUGCAGGAAGUGGUCGUCCACAAGAAGCUGCGGCCCUGCCUGCGAGACUGCUGGCAGAAACACACGGGUCUGGCCAUGCUCUGCGAAACCAUCGAGGACUGUUGGGACCACGAGGCCGAGGCCCGCCUGUCCGCCGGCUGCGUCGAGGAGCGCAUCAGCCAAAUGCAGCGCCAGGCCCCCAUCAUCGGCCCUGAGGAGAUCGUCACUGUGGUCACCAUGGUGACGAACGUUGACCUCCCGCCCAAGGAGUCCAGCUUAUGAUCGGCCAAUCGACCCGGAGGGGGAACAAACGUCCGACCCUGGUUGGUCGGCUUCCUGUUUCCCCCCCUUUUUUUUACGCUCGUCUUUUCUUCUUCUUGGUUCCUCACCGCAUCAAGUCGAGAUCCACCUCAUUUUGAUACGUGUGCCUGAGGAUUUUAAUGUUUUGGGUUAUUUUCUUCCUUUCACCAAGCAGGACGAUGACGCUUGGAGAAAAAAAAAGAAAAA